GUUAGGGAAGUCAUGAACCUGCAACAUAUGUGAAUGACAUUUGUUCCACUUUAUUAUUUUCAUAACAAUGAAUGCGAAGCUACUGCAGUUUUAACAAGAUCAGCACCAAAUAACUCAGAUCAUCUUAAAUAAUGUCGGAAAAGACAAACCUCCAGGACAGUGAUGGAAGAGUCAGCAGGGUGAUCCGUGUUGGCACCAGAAAAAGCCAGCUGGCUCGGAUCCAGACCGACAGUGUCGUGGAGAAGCUCAAGGAGUUAUAUCCUGAUGUUCUUUUUGAAAUUGUGGCCAUGUCAACAACUGGAGAUAAAAUACUAGACACAGCUUUAUCCAAAAUUGGAGAAAAGAGCCUCUUCACAAAGGAACUGGAAAAUGCUUUGGAAAAAAACGAAGUAGACCUGGUCGUGCACUCUUUGAAAGACUUGCCAACAGUUCUUCCGGUGGGCUUCACUAUAGGAGCUGUGUUGAAACGAGAAAACCCCCAUGAUGCUGUUGUGUUGCACCCCAAAAAUAAAGGGAAACGUCUGGACUCUCUGUCCAACAAGAGUGUAAUAGGCACCAGUUCUCUUCGCCGAGCUGCACAGCUGAAGAAAAGAUUCCCUCACCUGGAAUUUAAAGACAUUAGAGGAAAUCUCAACACUCGUCUGAAGAAGCUGGAUGAGAACAAUGACUUUUCUGCCAUCAUAUUAGCAGCUGCUGGCCUGAAGAGAAUGGGCUGGGAGAACCGCAUCAGCCAGAUCCUCGGGCCUGAAGACUGCAUGUAUGCUGUUGGACAGGGUGCUCUGGCAGUCGAGGUCAGAGCUCGUGAUCUGGACAUCCUGGAGAUGGUGUCAGUUUUGAAUGAUUCAGACACUGCGUUGAGCUGCAUUGCAGAAAGAGCGUUUCUCAAACACCUGGAAGGUGGAUGCAGUGUUCCUGUCGCUGUUCACUCUGAAGUGAAGAAAUCACAGCUCUAUUUGACUGGAGCGGUGUACAGUCUUGAUGGCUCAGACAGUCUGAAGGAGACCAUGCAGGCCAGCUUCAGCCCUGACACUCAGGCUGAGGAGCAGGAGAAGGUUGACGAGAAGGUCCAGCGUGUGGGAAUCACUGCAUUAAAAGUGCCCGGAGCAGCUCAGGAUGCCGCAAUGAAGUUAGGAGUGGACCUCGGAAAUCUGCUACUCAGCAAAGGAGCCAAAGAGAUACUGACUGUAGCCAGACAGCUCAAUGACGCGCGAUAGGUAGCCUACUGUAUACAAAAGACCAUAUGUGUGGCUGAAAACCCACCACCCCAUACAGAAGUAUUUUUAUAAAUGAAGAUUAAUGUGCUAUAGAUGGCGUAUUUAAGAUAUUAGUUUACAACUUUGCCUUGUAUAAGUUUAUUUACAGUUUACUUACGCAUGUUAUUGUUUACUUGCCUGUAUGUCAUUCCAAACCUGUUGGACUUUUGUUCAUAUUCACUCAAAUGAGGAUAUUUGUAAUAAAAAUGCAAUUUUUCUGUCAUUUACUAGAAGUCUAUUCAUCCAAAACUGUUCAUUUGUUCAUAUGUCUCAUCAGAGGACUCGGAUUAAACCGCUUGAUUCAUAUAGAUUUAUUUUUGAAUCUCUUGACUAACAGUUUAAAGCAUUAAGGUUUUGGGUGAAUAGACUUUCAACAGUGACAGGAUUUCUUGGUUUGAGGAUGAACAAUUUUCUUACUGAUCUUGGAGCCUGAUUAGUGUGAGUAAAUGAUGACUGCAUUUUUACUUCAGGCCAAACAAACCCUUUCAACAGGCUUGCAGUAUGAUUAUAAUAACAAUGCAAAACUAAUAAAAAAACACAGAUACUGAAAAACAUGAAAAUCAUCUGCAUUACAGAGAGCUAAUGUCCUGUUAGCUCUAAUAUGAAGCCAUGAACACACAAUCAUGCCUUUUUAAUAUGGUGUGUGUUGUACAUAAACACAUACUUACACAUUUGAAACUUGAAUUUUUCUGGGAUCUACAUUUUCUAAGGCUGCUUGAGAUCUCAUAUGCAGUUUAUCUUCCCUGUGGUUAUAUGUACAUGUGAAGAUGUAAAGCAUAAUGACCUGUGUAAACCACUACAAACGUUUUGUAUAUGAUUGGGUCAGCUGUUUUAUGCACAGAUAAAAUUUGUAAUUAAAUUAAAUGUCAUUAAAAUGUUUUCAUUCCAUUUCAGACAGUUACCAUUCUAUGUUAUGCCUUUGUUUGUUAUAUAUCACUAAUAGUCGAAUCAUCAGUGUGAUUGUGAAUAGUCUAACAUCAGUGCCUAUAAGUUCAAAAUAUUCUCUCAGUAAAUCUGCCUAUGAGCUCUGAUGGAGUUUAUAUGCAUUGCCUUAUCUUUUUCAUUCGUUCCAUUUAAAGUAAUUUAAGC